AUGCCCAUUCUAAACCACCAUUCCUUGCCAGAGACUUAUAAGGAGAUGUGCGAAGUCGCACGCAAGUACGAUCAGACCCGCUUAACCGUAGCCGCUGGGAAGUACCGACAUCCGACAUUGUUAAAGAAUGAAGGAAACCAAGCCGAGAGGAUUUUUCAGCAGCUCAAUGACUUGUCCAUUAAUCUCUUGGAAACGACACGAACCAUGAACGAGAUGAUACAAGAUCAGCAACGGAACAUCCACGCGAGAACAGACAACAGGCAAAGAACUACCGAAAGGACAGGAUCACCAGAACUCCCUAUGCUAGGCCUAGCGAAGGCCAAGAGCGAAUCGCAGGAGUUGGAUCUGGCCAUGAAGGGACUCAGAAGAACAAUCGCUAUGCCCGUCGAUUUCUCUACCCUAUCGUCACCUCGUGAAGCCCAUACUCAACAGUGCCAUCAACACGCUCAUGAACACCCACGGAGUGAAACUUGA